GGGAUUCAGAUGGCACUUGACCCUCUGGGCGCCGUCGUCCUGCAGAACAUCAUGGCGCUGAGUGGUCGACUGGCCUUGGCUGCGCUCAGACUGUGGGGCCCGGGAGUGUCACAGGCAGGAGAAGGCCCAUAUCCCUCUCCGUGGGAACUUCCAGCAGCUUCGGAUGUGGAAGCAACAGCCAGAAGAAGCUUUCUCUGCAGGACGUAGCUGAGCUGAUCCGCACCAGAGCGUGCAGGAGGGUGGUGGUCAUGGUGGGGGCGGGCAUCAGCACACCCAGUGGCAUCCCCGACUUCAGAUCCCCAGGGAGUGGCCUCUACAACAACCUUCAGCAGUAUGACAUCCCCUACCCCGAGGCCAUCUUUGAACUUGGCUUCUUCUUUCACAACCCCAAGCCCUUCUUCCUGUUGGCCAAGGAGCUGUACCCUGGGCACUACAGGCCCAACGUCACCCACUACUUCUUGCGGCUGCUGCACGACAAGGACCUGCUGCUGCGGCUGUAUACACAGAACAUCGAUGGGCUUGAGAGAGCGUCUGGUAUCCCUGCCUCAAAGCUGGUUGAAGCUCACGGGUCCUUUGCAACAGCUACGUGCACGGUCUGUCGAAGAUCUUUCCCAGGGGAGGACUUGUGGGCUGAUGUCAUGGCUGACAAGGUGCCCCGCUGCCCCGUGUGCACUGGCGUUGUGAAACCUGACAUUGUAUUCUUCGGGGAGCCACUGCCUGCAAAGUUUUUGUUACAUGUGGCUGAUUUCGCUAUGGCAGAUCUGCUACUCAUUCUUGGGACCUCCCUGGAGGUGGAGCCUUUUGCCAGCUUGUCCGAGGCAGUACAGAAGUCAGUGCCCCGACUGCUCAUCAACCGAGACUUGGUGGGGCCCUUUGCUCUGAGUUCUCGCAGCAAGGAUGUGGCCCAGCUAGGGGACGUAGUUCAUGGUGUGGAAAGGCUGGUGGACCUCCUGGGCUGGACACAAGAGCUGCAGGAUCUCAUCCAGCGGGAAACUGGCAAGCUGGAUGGACAAGACAGAUAAGACUAUGGCCUCUUCACCUGCGGGAAAGUCACACAGGAGGCCAUCCAUUUCCGCGGAGACCUCAUGCCUGAAAACAGCUCCGGGGGGUUUCCACACCUGGGCCAAACCACUUGUGACCUGGGUAGCAUCUUCUGAGGCUACCUUUGGGAAGGCUGACCAGGGAUGCUCACCCAGGGGCCAUGCCAUCACAAUGCAAAGGAGCUCCAUGUGUGCUGGCCAGCUCAUCACUGCUGAAGCUUGUUGUGCCCAACACUGCUUUCCGGCAGCGGCCCUUAGCGUCAUCAGGAGGUUGGCA